CGUAAACUGGACUUAUUUCUCCCUUAGAUGAUGAAGCUAAAAGGCAGACUGCUUCUUCAAGAAAAUGCUGAUUUUGACAGGGCUGCCGAAGAUGUGAGGAAGCUGAAAGCAAGGCCAGAGGAUGAAGAACUGAAAGAACUCUAUGGGCUCUACAAACAGUCUGUAAUCGGAGACGUUGAUAUCGAGUGUCCAGGAAUGUUAGACUUAAAAGGCAAGGCUAAGUGGGAAGCAUGGAACCUCCAAAAAGGAUUAUCGAAGGAGGAUGCCAUGAGUGCCUAUAUUUCUAAAGCAAAAGAACUGAUAGAAAAAUAUGGAAUUUAGAAUUCGCCAUAUGAGAAAACCUUCCUUUUGAAACCUUCAUAAUGGUAUCAUGACCUACAUUUUGGGGAAAAAUGUACUGUUAACUCUACACAUCAUGAAUGCUUUUGCUAGUAACAUGAAUUGUAACCCUUAAUUAGAGGUAUGAUGAAACUCCACAUUUUACUUGCUCAACCCAGGUGGAGUUUUUUUUUUUUACCUUUAAGAAAAUUAUGUUUAUUUAGGUUUCUGAAUCAUCACAUGUAUCAAAGACUAAUACAUAAAGAGGUGAUUUUAAAUAUUCUUUAAAAAAAUAUUGCUCUGGUAAUAUAUGCACAAAAACAUUAACAAUUGUUUGUUCUUUUGGUUUGUCUGUUUUUCUUCAGUGGGUUAGUAUAACUAGUGUAAUCAAAACAGUUUGUAAAGAAUCAAUAAUAAGACUGUGCCUGUGUUGUACCAUGUAGUUUUGGGGUUCACACUGACACGGGGCCUGAUUCCAGUCCUGGUUCCAGACCUUACUCUGUGAUUUAGUUACUAGGUGACCUGAGGCAAGUUACUUAAUCUUGCUAUGCCUCAUCUGUACAGUCAGGAAAAAAAAUCAGUCUUACAGAGUAGUAGGAAUUGAAUGAGAUAACUGUAGUUAUCCUACCAUCGUUUUAAAGCUUAUGCUAUAUAAAAUCUAACAACAAAUAAGCUAAGUUUUUUAAAAAGAUAAAGUCUAUCUAAAAGACAAAUUUAUGAGCCUAUAGCUCUUCAAAGAAAAAAAGCUACUAUGGAACUAUCAACUAUUUUUCUUUAAAUUUUUACAUUUAAUACAAAUUAAAAAAUCAAAUGGAAAUGUAGUAUCUAGUGAUGAUAAACUGUAUAACUGCUGUACCUCUUACAUUGAGCUUUAUCAGAGUAAAAAUGUAGAGUCUGAAAUACUAUAUUGGCCCAACACCCCAUCUUUCUUGCUGUUACAGAGGUUCUCUGAAAGAAGAUAGUAUCACUUUAACCGUUCUAAAAUCUGUUUGAGAUUCCAUAGGCUAAAAAUCACCCCUAAAUGCUGUUAUCUCUAUUGUCUGCAUAAGGGUUCAGGUUUGGUAUGGUAUGGUCAGAAAGAUAGAUAAAUUGAUAAGUGUCUCCUGUCACUUACCUGAUAUGUAGACAAGAUAUGGAGAACAAAAUAUAAUUCUGAAAAUGUUCAGUUUAUCUUGUACAUUUCAUAUGACUUUUAAGAAGGAUAGAUUGAUUUCAUGUGACUUUAAAAAAACAAAUCUAGAUUGACUGGAUGAAUUUCCAGGGAAUUAUGCUGAAAAAGUCCAGUGAAAAAGCCAUACCCAAUAGGUUUCAUACUGUAUGAUCCCCUUUGUCACAUUCUGGAAAUGGCAAAAUUAUAGACCUGGAGGGCAACAAAGUGAUUGCCAGGGAGGAGGGCUGUGGGAGUAUCUCUAAAAAGGCAGCAGGAGGGGUCCUGUGGUCACAGAGGGGUCCUGUGCUCUGUGUCUUGACUGUACCAAUGUCAGUAUCCUGGCUGUGAUGUCAUACACGGUGUUACCAUCAGGGGAGACUGCGUAGCUACGUGUUAUUUCUUACAGCUGCAUGUGGAUCUAC